AACCAAUGGUUGUGGGCCAGGUAGGGAUAGCGUAUUCCGUACUUGGGAAUAUCUCAUUGGUGAAAUGACUGCUCGUGGUGUACAUUGAUUGGUCAAUCACCAAGCGGAAGGGAAUCCCCAUACCUUUGUAACCCGUGGACAACGUGCUAAUAACCGAUCGCCGGUCCUGCAUUUGUUUUGAUCAGAUUCCUCCCAGUCCUCGUCUGUGUCUCAGACGCUGGAGCGUGAAAAAUGGCAAGAAUGAAGCACUUUUUAUUCAUUGGAAUAGUAUGCUGUCUUCUUUUCGCUGCUGUAAAGGCAGAUGAUGAUGAUGAAGCUACAGUAGAAGAUGACCUUGGAAAAAGCAGAGAUGGAUCAAGAACUGAUGACGAAGUGGUUCAAAGGGAGGAAGAGGCCAUUAGCUUAGAUGGGUUAAGUGUAGCACAGAUGAAAGAGCUGAGGGAUAAUUCUGAGAAACAUGCAUUCCAAGCUGAAGUGAAUCGUAUGAUGAAACUUAUCAUCAACUCUCUGUACAAGAACAAAGAAAUUUUCUUGAGAGAACUGAUUUCCAAUGCUUCGGAUGCUCUGGAUAAGAUUCGAUUCCUCUCUCUUACGGAUAAGGAAGCUCUCUCAGCAACAGAUGAACUCAGCAUCAAAAUCAAGGCUGAUCCGGAGAGCAAAGUGCUACACAUUACCGACACGGGUAUUGGUAUGACCAAGGAGGACUUGGUGAAGAAUCUGGGAACCAUUGCCAAGUCCGGGACCAGUGAUUUCUUGGCCAAACUGGGCGAGGCCAACACAGCCACCGAGACCAGUGACCUCAUUGGACAGUUUGGUGUUGGAUUUUAUUCCGCUUUCUUGGUGGCUGACAGUGUUAUUGUGACCUCCAAGAACAAUGAUGACGAGCAGUACAUCUGGGAGUCUGACGCCGACUCCUUCAGCGUGGUCAAGGAUCCCCGCGGCAACACCCUGGGCAGGGGAACCACCAUCACCUUGGUGCUCAAGGAAGAAGCCCAUGACUUCUUGGAAGCCAACACUCUGCAGAACUUGGUGAAGAAAUACAGCCAAUUCAUUAACUUCAACAUCUUCCUGUGGACGAGCAAGGAGACUGAGGUCGAGGAGCCUGUUGAGGAGGGAGAGGAAGCUGCUGAGGACAAGAAGGAGGAGAACGCUGAGGAUGAAGAUGAUGAAGCAAAGGUGGAAGAGGAGGAGGAGAGCGACAAGCCAAAGACCAAGACCGUGAAGAAGACUGUGUGGGACUGGGAGCUCAUGAACAGCGUCAAACCAAUCUGGACUAGAAAGACUGCUGAUGUGACUGAUGAGGAGUACGGAGAGUUCUACAAGACCAUCUCCAAGGGACAGGAGGAGCCCAUGGCAAAGAUUCACUUCACUGCUGAGGGAGAGGUCACCUUCAAGUCCAUCCUGUACGUGCCAAAGACAGCACCAUAUGACACCUUCUCCAACUACGGAAAGAAAGUGGAUCACAUCAAGAUGUACGUGCGCCGUGUGUUCAUCACGGACGACUUUGAGGACAUGAUGCCCAAGUACCUGUCGUUUGUCCGCGGCGUGGUGGACUCUGAUGACCUGCCCCUGAACGUGUCUCGCGAGACUCUGCAGCAGCACAAGCUCCUCAAGGUGAUCAAGAAGAAGCUGGUGAGGAAGACACUGGAUAUGAUCAAGAAGAUUGACAAGGAAGAGUAUGCGAAGUUCUGGAAGGAAUACAGCACCAACAUCAAACUUGGCGUGAUUGAAGACACCUCCAACAGGACUCGCCUGGCCAAACUUCUCCGCUUCUACUCUUCCAACUCCGACACUGAACAGACUUCAUUGGCAGAAUAUGUGGAGAGAAUGAAGGAGAAGCAAGAGGCCAUUUACUUCGUUGCUGGAACCAGCAGGGAGGAGGUGGAGAAGUCGCCAUUUGUUGAGCGUCUGCUGAAGAAGAACUACGAGGUCCUGUACCUGGUGGAGCCCGUGGAUGAGUACUGCGUCCAGGCGCUCCCCGAGUUUGAGGGGAAGAAGUUCCAGAACAUUGCCAAGGAGGGCUUGAGUCUGGACACCUCGGAGAAGGCCAAGGAGAGGAAGGAAGCCCAGGAGAAGGAGUUCAAGCCUCUGGUUGACUGGCUGAAGGAGAAUGCCCUCAAGGACAAGAUUGAGAAGGCCACCAUCUCUGAGCGUCUGACCACAUCCCCAUGUGCUCUUGUCGCCAGCCAGUAUGGAUGGUCUGGCAACAUGGAGAGGAUCAUGAAAUCUCAGGCCUAUGCUAAGCAGGGAGACGCCUCCAACCAAUUCUAUGCCAGCCAAAAGAAGACCCUUGAGCUCAACCCACGUCAUCCACUUAUCAAAGAACUGAAAGCUCGUGUUGAGGCUGAUGCUGAGGAGCAGACUGCCAAGGACCUUGCCCAGGUCAUGUUUGAGACGGCCACCCUGAGGUCUGGCUAUGCCGUGCCCGACUCUGCCGGCUUCGCCGAGCGUGUGGAGAGGAUGCUCAGGCUGAGUCUAGACAUUCCUUUGGAUGAGAAGGUGGAGGAAGAACCAGAAGAGGAAGAGGAUGAUGCUGCUGGAGUGGUAGAUGAGAAUGCUGAGGAGGAGGUACAAGCUGAUGAGGAGGAGGGACAGGUGAGUUGUGGCACGAACAAACAACCACGAAGAGGGAUUCAAUGGUUUGGAAACUUGCUGGAGAGAGACACGGACGGUGACGGUAUUCCCGACCAUCUAGACGAUGACGAUGACGGUGACGGUAUUCCUGACGAUGAAGAUAACGACGACGACGGCGAUGGAAUUCCAGACGACAAAGAAGAUUCUGACGGUGACGGUAUCCCAGACAUGGUGGAUAACGAUGAUGACAACGAUGGUAUUCCCGACGAUGAAGAGGGUGAUUCAGACGGUGACGGUAUUCCAGACUACCUCGACGAAGACGAUGAUAAUGACGGUAUUCCAGAUAGCGAAGAUAAGGAUGAUGAUGGUGACGGUAUUCCUGACGACUUAGAGAAGGACACCGACGGAGAUGGGGUGCCAGACCAUUUAGAUGAAGACGAUGACGGAGAUGGUAUUCCUGAUAACGUUGAUAACGAUGACGACAAUGACGGUAUUCCAGACAGCAAUGAUGUUGACUCUGACGGUGACGGUACACCUGAUUACUUGGAUAACGAUGACGACAACGAUGGAAUCCCAGAUAGCGAAGACAAUGACGACGACGGAGACGGUAUUCCGGAUGGCCAGGAAGAUUCGGAUGGGGACGGCGUGCCUGACUCUCUGGACAAAGACGAUGACGGAGAUGGAAUUCCUGAUGACCAGGAGAAAGACUCUGACGGUGACGGUAUUCCUGACGAUGAAGAUGACGACGACGACAACGACGGUAUUCCAGACGCCGAAGACAAUGACGACGAUGGCGAUGGUAUUCCCGACGGCCAAGAGGUUGACUCUGACGGUGAUGGUAUUCCUGACGAAUUAGAUGACGAUGACGAUAAUGACGGAAUUCCUGACAGCGAAGAUAACGACGAUGACGGCGAUGGGAUUCCCGAUGAUAAGGAAAAGGAUUCGGAUGGCGACGGUAUCCCUGAUGAUGUAGACGACGAUGAUGAUAAUGACGGCGUUCCCGAUAGUCAAGAUAAUGACGACGAUGGAGAUGGAAUACCAGACCUCCUUGAGAGGGACACAGACGGAGACGGUAUUCCUGACUAUCUGGACGACGAUGAUGACAACGAUGGCAUCCCUGACGAGGAAGACGAUGAUGACGAUGGCGACGGUAUUCCUGACGAUCAAGAAAUAGAUUCGGAUGGGGAUGGGAUCCCAGAUGAAGUGGACGAUGACGAUGAUAAUGAUGGUAUUCCGGACGAUCAAGAUAAUGACGAUGAUGGUGAUGGAAUCCCCGAUGACCAAGAAGUCGACACUGACGGAGAUGGUGUUCCUGAUUAUUUGGACGAUGACGACGAUAAUGAUGGUAUUCCAGAUAGUCAAGAUAAAGACGAUGAUGGUGAUGGAAUUCCUGAUGAUAAGGAAACCGAUUCAGAUGGUGAUGGUGUUCCCGAUCAUUUAGAUAAUGACGACGAUAAUGAUGGAAUCCCCGAUAGUGAAGAUAAUGAUGACGAUGGAGAUGGAAUUCCCGACGAUCAAGAAAAGGACUCUGACGGCGAUGGAAUCCCAGAUGAUGUCGAUGACGAUGAUGAUAAUGACGGAAUACCCGACAGUCAAGAUAAUGAUGAUGACGGUGAUGGAAUUCCUGACAGUCAGGAGAAAGAUUCAGACGGCGACGGUAUUCCAGAUGAUGUAGAUGACGAUGAUGAUAAUGAUGGCAUUCCUGACAGUGAAGACAACGAUGAUGAUGGAGAUGGAAUACCCGAUGAUCAAGAAAAAGACUCCGAUGGAGACGGAAUCCCGGACGAUGUCGAUGACGAUGAUGAUAAUGAUGGUAUCCCUGAUAGCGAAGACAAUGAUGAUGAUGGAGAUGGAGUGCCUGAUAGUCAGGAAAAAGAUUCAGACGGUGACGGUAUUCCAGAUGAUGUAGAUGACGAUGACGAUAAUGAUGGUAUUCCUGAUUCGCAGGAUAAUGAUGACGAUGGCGAUGGAAUUCCUGACGAUCAAGAAAAGGACUCGGACGGCGAUGGAAUUCCAGAUGAUGUCGAUGACGAUGAUGAUAAUGACGGAAUACCCGACAAUUUAGAUAACGAUGAUGAUGGAGAUGGAAUUCCUGACAAUCAGGAAAAAGAUUCAGACGGUGACGGUAUCCCAGACGAUGUCGAUGACGAUGAUGAUAAUGAUGGUAUUCCUGACAGUGAAGAUAAUGAUGAUGACGGGGAUGGAAUUCCUGACGAUCAAGAAAAAGAUUCCGAUGGUGAUGGAAUCCCGGACGAAGUUGAUGACGACGAUGAUAAUGAUGGUAUUCCAGAUAGCGAAGACAACGAUGAUGACGGCAAUGGAAUUCCUGACAGUCAGGAGGUAGAUUCAGAUGGUGACGGCAUUCCAGAUGAUGUAGAUGACGAUGACGAUAAUGAUGGUAUUCCUGAUGCGCAGGAUAACGAUGAUGAUGGAGACGGUAUUCCCGAUGAUAAGGAAGAUUCAGAUGGCGACGGUAUUCCUGAUUCCGAGGACAACGACGACGAUGGUGACGGAAUUCCUGACAAUCUGGAGAAAGACACAGACGGAGAUGGGGUGCCCGAUUAUUUGGAUGACGAUGACGACAACGACGGUAUUCCUGACAGCAAAGAUAAUGAUGACGACGGAGACGGUAUUCCUGAUGAUAAGGAAGACACUGAUGGGGAUGGUAUCCCAGACAGUCAAGAUAAUGACGAUGAUGGUGAUGGAAUUCCUGAUGACCUAGAAAAGGAUACAGAUGGCGAUGGUAUUCCCGACCACAUUGACGACGACGAUGACAACGAUGGUGUGCCAGACAGCGAAGACAAAGACGAUGAUGGCGAUGGAAUUCCCGAUACGAAGGAGGAUGCGGACGGUGACGGUAUUCCCGAUGCAAUCGACAAUGAUGAUGAUAAUGACGGAGUCCCUGACUACUUGGAAAAGGACACGGACGGUGACGGGAUACCCGAUUACUUGGAUGAUGAUAUCGAUGGAGACGGAAUCCCUAACGACCAAGACGAUGAUGAUGACGGCGAUGGUAUUCCGGAUAAAUUGGAAGACUCCGAUGGUGACGGUGUUCCUGAUUACCUAGACGACGAUGACGAUGGUAACGGUAUUCCAGACCAUCUUGAAGGCGACACGGACGGCGAUGGAAUACCCGACUAUCUCGAUGAUGACAUCGACGGAGAUGGAAUCCCCAACGAUCAGGAUGAUGACGAUGACGGAGAUGGAAUCCCCAACGAUCAGGAUGAUGACGAUGACGGAGAUGGUAUUCCUGAUGAUAUGGAAGGCGACACGGACGGCGAUGGAAUACCCGACUAUCUCGACGACGAUAUUGAUGGAGAUGGCAUUCCAAACGAUCAAGAUGAUGACGAUGAUGGUGAUGGUAUUCCUGAUCAUCUGGAGAUUGAUACUGACGGCGAUGGUAUUCCAGAUUACUUGGACGACGAUAUCGAUGGAGAUGGCAUACCGAACGAUAAGGAUGACGAUAUUGAUGGUGACGGAAUACCCAACGAUCAGGAUGAUGACGAUGACGGGGACGGAAUCCCGGACAGUCUGGAACAGCGUGACACCGACGGUGACGGUAUUCCCGAUCAUUUGGAUGAUGAUAUCGACGGUGACGGAAUCCCCAACGAUAAGGACGACGAUAUUGAUGGAGACGGGAUCCCAAACGACCAGGAUGAUGACGAUGAUGGCGAUGGGAUUCCCGAUCACUUGGAAGUAGACACAGAUGGAGACGGUAUUCCGGAUUAUUUAGACGAUGACAUCGAUGGAGACGGAAUACCCAAUGACAAGGAUGACGACGACGAUGGCGAUGGAAUACCAGACCACUUAGACGUCGAUACUGAUGGAGAUGGGAUACCCGAUUACUUGGAUGAUGAUAUCGACGGAGACGGUAUUCCUAACGAUCAAGACGACGAUGAUGAUGGUGAUGGUAUCCCGGAUUUUCUGGACGUAGAUACAGAUGGGGACGGAAUUCCCGACUUUUUGGAUGACGACAUUGACGGGGAUGGAAUUCCAAACGAUGAAGACGAUGAUGAUGACGGUGAUGGUAUUCCCGAUGACCAGGAAGACGCGGACGGCGAUGGUAUUCCCGAUUAUCUUGACGACGACGACGACAAUGAUGGAAUACCGGAUCACCUAGAGGUGGAUACGGAUGGCGAUGGAAUACCGGAUUACCUGGACGAUGACAUUGAUGGUGAUGGAAUCCCUAACGAUAAAGACGAUGAUGAUGACGGAGACGGUAUUCCUGACGUAUUGGAGGUAGACACGGACGGCGACGGAAUCCCUGAUUAUCUAGAUGACGACGAUGACGGCGAUGGAAUACCGGACCAUCUGGACGUGGACACGGACGGGGAUGGUAUUCCCGACUACCUCGACGAUGACAUUGACGGAGAUGGAAUUCCCAACGACGAAGACGACGAUGAUGAUGGCGAUGGUAUUCCCGACAAUCUGGAAGUGGACACCGACGGCGACGGUGUGCCGGAUUAUCUCGAUGAUGACGACGAUGGAAACGGCAUCCCUGACUACCUGGAGGUAGACACUGACGGAGACGGGGUACCGGAUUAUCUGGACGAUGACGACGACAACGACGGUAUUCCUGAUGAAUUAGAUGACGACGAUGACGGAGACGGUAUUCCCGACCACUUGGAAAUUGAUACGGAUGGAGAUGGCAUCCCUGAUUUCUUAGACGACGAUGACGAUAAUGACGGAAUUCCCGACCAUCUAGAUGAGGAUGGAGACGGAGAUGGUAUCCCGGAUAAGUUUCAGGUAGACACUGAUGGUGACGGAAUCCCUGACUAUUUAGACGACGAUGACGAUAACGACGGAAUCCCAGACUCUCAAGACGAUGACGACAACAACAACGGUAUUCCUGAUGACCAGGAGGUUGAUUCCGACGGCGACGGUAUUCCGGACUACAUCGAUGACGACGACGACAACGACGGUAUUCCUGAUUAUCUUGACGACGACGCGGACGGGGACGGAAUCCCAGACUUCCAACAGCUCGACACCGACGGAGACGGGAUCCCAGACUAUUUAGACGAUGAUGACGACAACGACGGAAUACCAGACGAGCUUGACGAUGACGAUGAUGGCGAUGGUAUCCCCGAUUCUCAGGAGCUAGAUUCAGAUGGAGACGGAGUUCCUGAUUAUCUAGACGACGACGAUGAUAACAACGGAAUACCCGACCACUUAGAGAAGGACACUGAUGGGGACGGUAUUCCUGACUACCUCGACGAUGACGAUGACAAUGAUGGAAUCCCCGAUGAGUUGGAUGACGAUGUUGACGGAGACGGCGUACCUGAUUCACUGAAGACCUUGGACCUCAACAAAAACGGCGUCCCUGACUACCAGGAGAUUGAUACCGACGGAGACGGGAUCCCAGACUAUUUAGAUCCCGACGAUGACAACGAUGGUAUUCCUGACGAGCUCGACGACGACGAUGACGGCGAUGGAAUUCCUGACGACCAAGAAAUCGACACCGACGGAGACGGUAUUCCAGAUUAUCUAGACGACGAUGACGAUAACGAUGGAAUCCCCGACGAUGAAGAUUUCGAUGCUGACGGCGAUGGAAUCCCGGACGAGGAAGAAGGUGACACUGAUGGCGAUGGCAUUCCAGACUAUCUCGACGAUGACGACGAUAAUGAUGGUAUUCCGGACUCAGUUGAUACCGACAAAGACGGUAACGGCAUCCCGGACUUUAUGGAAAAAGACACGGACGGAGACGGUAUUCCCGACUACUUGGACGAUGAUGACGACAACGACGGAAUCCCUGACUUUUUAGAUAACGACGACGACGGUGAUGGCAUACCCGACGACAAGGAAGACUUUGAUGGAGACGGUAUUCCGGACUACCUCGACGACGAUGCUGACGGUGAUGGUAUCAUCGAUAAGCUACCAGACUCAGACGGCGACGGUAUUCCUGACAUCCGUGACGACGAUGACGACAACGAUGGUAUUCCGGACAACGAAGAAGACACGGACGGUGACGGUAUUCCCGACUACAUGGAUGAAGACGCUAAUGGUGACGGUAUUCCCGAUAAGGAGCAAGACUCGGAUGGCGACGGUAUUCCGGAUUAUCUUGAUGAUGAUGACGAUAACGACGGAAUCCCCGACUCUUUGGAUAACGAUGAUGACGGAGAUGGAGUUCCCGAUCAGAAAGAUGGCGGCAAGUGCGACAAGGACAGCUGCCCCAAGAAACCCAUCAAGCCACCAGUGAAGAAAAGCAAGGCCAAAGAGAGAGCGACCUUCUGGAUCAGGAUCAAGAACGCCCUCAAGAAAAUGAUGGCAGCCGCUCUGGAGCAUGAUGGGCUCAAAAAGAGACAAAAUAAGACCCCUCCACCCGUGGUCAAGCAGAAGCCUCACGACCAGAAAUACGACCUUGUCGACGUAGUCAAGCAGCUCAUCUGGGGAAAGGAUGGAGACGACGACGAUGAUGACGAUGACGAGAAUGACGACGACGAUAAAAAAGACAAGGCUGACAAGAAGGACGGUAACGACGAUGGUGACGAUGACGAUGACAACAAAAACGACGAACUUUCGGACACACCGAUCAAAGUUGUACCCAGCAAAAUAAAACCGACCUUCCAAAAGGGAGUCAAAUUCAGCGCCCCAACCCUUCAGCAGAAGAAAUUUCAGGCGGCGAAGAAAGCUCCUCCAAAGAAUGCGAAUUUCGAAGCGGCAAAGAAGGCAGCUGCACUCAGAGCCGCUGGCAAAACAGCCCCAGUAGCCAAAAAGUCACCCAUGGACAGCAAGACAGCAGCAACUAAGCAACUCACACCACAGCAACUUCAACAACUGAAACAACAGUACGCCCAGAAAGCAAAGACGCAGCAACAGCAACAGCAAAAACCACCGCCACAACAACAAAAACAGAAGACGGGACAGAAAGCACCGGUCAAACAACAACAAAAACAACAAGCACCCGUGAAACAGCAAGCAAACCUGAAGCAGAAGCAGCCAGUGAAGCAAUCACCUCCAACACCCAAGUCAACAAACCAGAAACCGCCCCAACAAAAGCUGCCCCCGCAGAAACAGCCCGCAAAGCAAGUUCUUAAAAAUACGAAGCCAACGAAAAAGACAGAAUUGUAACUUAUAAUUUUACGUACAGAUUGUGAUUAAGUUAUUUGUGAACUACAUUCCCAAGGACAGGAUAUUGUGUCUUGGGAAGAAGCCAUAACUUUUACCAUCAAACAUUCCAAUAAGAUCUUGGUUUGCAUCUUCGUGGAAAAAAAGACAAUUAUAUUAUUUAGCGAGGAAUCAGUAUUUUUAAUUAGUAGAAUUAUUUCGGGGAUAAACCCCAAAAGAGAAAUUAAUUUGUAAUGAACUUUCCUUUGGCCUCUUUUGGAAGAAUGCACAGGCCUGCCUUGCAUGAUCUCCGUUAGUUGAGUUUUCAAUCGACGACCAGAUUUUAAUAAAGAAAAUGAGCCAUAACAGUGUCACAAUGACACAUACAAGAAUUUUGAAAAAGUGCAAUUGUUUACAUGAUUACUGAAGGCAUAGCGUAUCCCAUCAGUAGUAAAGCUGCGGUAGAAACAAGAUACUCCAUGCAGCCCCCAAUACCAGAAGACAGAGGGGUACUUCUGCUGUCUUAAGACAAAAAAUGUAUAUGCGUAAUUAGAUCAAAGUAACGUUUUUAUACUGGGGAGAAACCCCUUUUCUUGGCGCGUCUUUCUAUCUUGGUUUUAUGGCUAUUUAUUAGAAUUAAGGGAGUUUUUGGCUUUUUGAAAAAAUGCGUUGUGAUCUAAUUGCAUAUCGAUAUUUUUAUGAGAAAAUAAAUUUAAAUCAUUUACUUCAUAACUAUUUACUGUAUACCCCAGCAAAUCAGACAAAAGUUACACCUACCAAUGAAUAUUAACAUAAUCAUAUCGACCAAAUUUUAGUUAAGUUGAAACACACGCACUCACAA